GAAGACUGAAAUAUUAAUCAAGCUCUUUUGUGUUUUUGAGGUUUGUUAUGAUCCGCUUGUGAUGAUGAAUGUGUCGAUGGAGCUGCAGUUAUCAUGGAGCGGCCCAUAUGGCGUCUCACAGACGUUUGGCUGCGCGGUGAUAACGCUCGAGUGUUUCUAAACGGGGAAGCGUCUCUGAUAAGGUUCGUUCCCGAGCAGAAGCUCGUCAGUCGGGCUGAAGCGUCGCUCCGGUCGGCCGCGUCCAGCGCUGCGCUCUGAGUUCCUGUUUCAGUCAUGUCUGCCGCUGAAAAGGCUGCCGGACAGACGGACGGAGGUGUGGAAGCGCCCGCUGAGGAUUCACCAGCUGCUGUUACAGCCGAUCCUGAUUGGGGUCCAGAUCCAGGUCCUGAUCCAAAUUCAGACCUGAGUUCUAAUCUGAAUCCUGAUCCGAGCCCGGCGUCUCAUGAGGGUGUCAGUCGCGUGGAGGCCGAGAUGGUGUCGCGUGUGGAGGUCACACACAUCACGUGUGUUCAGACUGUGUGUGAAUAUCAAUCUGAGCUGGAGACGACAAACAGUCUGACACACGCUACAGACGCUCAGACAGAGGUGCUGAUGCUGGAGGCGACUGAGAGUCAGACAAACAUCACAGACACACAGACGGAGCUGGAGGCGACUGAGAGUCAGACAAACAUCACAGAAACACACACAGAGCUGAAAGCAGCUGAGAGUCAGAGUACCACAGACGCUCAGACGGAGUGGAUCUCUGUGCAGCUGGAGGCGACAGACGACACAAACACACAGACAGAGGUCACACACAAAGAUGAUGGAGGAGAAAGCGUCUCAUCAUCUCACCGUGAGAGGAAGAAUAAUAAUGGCAGAAAGAAGCUGGUGAACGGCGUGUGCUCGUGUGUUCCUGAAACGUUAGAGAUUGAACACGCUAAACACGCCUCGCAGCUGUACAGUGAGCUGCUGUACCGUGAGGACGGACGCAAAGAUCUGUGUGUCAAUCUCUACUCGCUGAUGCCCGACACACUAGACACGGAGUUCGCUAGAGAGAUGAGGGAUCUGCAGAGCGAGGUCAGAUAUAAGGCGGAAGGGAGGAAGAAGCUGUCGUGUAGUCUGUACUCUCAGCUGCCCGACACGACUGACACGCAACACGCCAAACACAUGACGGAUCUGCAAAGCGACAAUAAAUACAAAGAAGCCGGUCGAAAAAACAUUUCCACAAAUCUGUACUCACAACUGCCAGAAACGCUGGAGACUCAACACGCUAAAGAGGCGUCACAGCUACAGAGCCAGGUGACGUAUAAGGAGGGACAGACGUCUGCGUCCAGCUCUCUGUUCUCCACACUGGCCGACACGCCGGAGAUUCAGUUCGCCAGAGAGAUCACAGAGACCAUCAGUGAGAAUAAAUACCGCGAGCAGAGCAGGAAGAGCAUCAGCAGCUGCAUUUACUCUCAGCUUCCUGAAACUCCAGAGACUGAGUUCAGCAGGAGCGUCUCUGAGCUGCAGAGUCAGGUGAAGUAUAAGGAGGCCAGUAAGGAGCAGAUGAGCAGAUCUCUGUACCAUCAACUCCCAGAGACUCCAGAAACUCAACACGCUCGAGACGCCGCACACAUCCAGAGCGAGCUGAAGUACAGGCAGGGCCGGGCGUCUGUGAUGGGCAGUAGUCUAUACUCGCUGAUGACAGAGACGCCGCAGAACGAGCUUGCGAAGCAGCAGAUGGAGCUCCAGAGCGAGCUGAAGUAUAAAGCCGACGUGAAGGAAAACUCCAGUAAUCUGUACUCGCUCAUGCCGGAGACGCUGGACACGCAGUUCGCCAAACACACCGCAGAGUUACAGAGUGACGUGAAGUAUAAGGAGGCCAGUAAGCAGCAGAUGAGCAGAUCUCUGUACCAUCAGCUCCCAGAGACUCCAGAAACUCAACACGCUCGAGACGCCGCACACAUCCAAAGCGAGGUGGCCUAUAAAGGCGCCAGGAAGGGUGAUUUCGCGGGUUCCUCCUUCACCGCGGUUCCAGACUCGGCAGAGAUGAAGUUUGUUCAGCAGGUCUCGCACGUGCUCAGUGAGAGGGAGUACCGUGAGGAGGGCCGGAGGAGCCUCUCGUCCAGCGUUUACUCUCAGCUGCCCGACACUCAGGAGACGCAGUUCGCCAAAUCGGUGUCGGAGCUGCAGAGCGAGGUGAAAUAUAAGGCGUCUGGGAAGCAGCAGGUGCGUGACUCGCUGUACGCCACACUGCCGGAGACGCUGGACACGCAACACGCUAAACACGCCACCGCCAUCGUCAGUGAGGUGAAGUACAAAGAGGACGGCAGACAGAGUUUGUCCAGUCCGUUAUUCACACGACUGCCAGAGACGCUGCAGACGCAGACGGCCCGAGAGAUCGCAGACGCACAGAGCGAGGUCAGAUAUAAGCAGAAGAACGAUCAGGUCAGUCUGUAUUCGCUCCUGCCGGUGACCGCGGACACAGAGUUUGCCAAACACAUCAGCGACAUCCAGAGUGAGCUCCAGUACAAGCAGGAAGGUAAGAAGGAAGCGGAGAGUAACCUGUACAGCCUGAUGCCCGAGACGCUCCAGACCGAACACGCUAAAGACGCCUACGAGCUGCAGAGUCACGUUAAAUAUAAAGAGAAAAACAGAACAGAUGCGUCUCUUUACGCCCAUCUGCCCGAGACUCAAGACACGGAACACGCUAAACACGCCGGAGAGCUGCGCAGUGAGCACAAGUAUAAAGAGGCCGUGAAGAAGGAUCUGUCGUCACCGCUGUACUCACAGAUGAGCAACACUGCAGAGAUCCAGCGGGUCCGAGAUCUCACCGCACUGCAGAGUCAGGUUCAGUAUAAGACUGAAGGACAGAAGCUCAUGAGCUCCAGUGUUUAUUCUCAGAUGGCAGAGACUCCAGAGACACAGUUCAUGAAGACAGUGACUGAACUCCAGAGCGACGUGAAGUAUAAAGCAGACGCUCAGCAGCAGAUGAGCAGAUCUCUGUACCAUCAGCUCCCAGAGACUCUAGCAACACAACACGCUCGAGACGCCGCACACAUCCAGAGUGAGGUGAAGUAUAAAGAGAAGGUAAACGCCUCGUCUCUUUACUCGCAUCUGCCAGAGACGCCAGAGACUCGACUGGCCAGAGAGCUGACGGACGUCUGCAGCGAGGUCAGAUAUAAGGAGGACGGGAGGAGGGACGUGUCGUCCUGUCUGUACUCGCUUCUGCCCGAGACGCCGGAGACGCAGUUCGCCAAACAGCAGGGUGAACUACAGAGCCAGAAUCAGUACCGGAGAGAGACGCAGGAGGAUCUGUCUCACUGUCUGUACUCUCAGCUGCCCGAGACGCUGCACACACAGUUCGUGAAGGAGCUGACGCCGCUCAUCAGUGAGAGCAAAUACAGAGAGUCUGCUAAGAAGGAGAGCAGCACGUCUCUGUAUCACACGCUCGCCGAAACCAAAGACACGCAACACGCCAGAGACGCCGCCGAGAUCCAGAGCGAGGUGAAAUAUAAAGAAGGGAAGAAGCUGCAGUCGUCCAGCGUUUACUCUCAGCUCCCGCAGACGCCGCAGACUCAGUUCGCCGCUAAAGUCUCCGAGCUGCAGAGCGACAAUAAAUACAGAGAGGACGGCAAGAGGAGCGUCUCCAGCUGCCUGUAUUCUCAGCUGCCCGAGACGCCGGAGACGCAGUUUGUCCGAACAGUGACCGAACUACAGAGCGACAGUAAAUAUAAAGAGGCAGGAAGGAAGCAGGCGUCCGGCGCUCUGUAUUCGCUCCUGCCGGAAACUCUGGAGACUCAACACGCCAAAGACGUCACGAACCUCCUGAGUCAGACAAAGUACAAGGAGGAGGCAAAGAAAGAGGCUUCUGCCAGUCUGUACGCUCUCCUGCCAGAGACGACUGAGACUCAACACGCCAAAAACGUCUCUGAACUCCUGAGCGAGAAUAAGUACAAGCAGAGCGGCAAACAGGAAAACAGCAGCAGUAUUUACUCUCAGCUGCCGCAAACACAGGAAACUCAGUUUGCCAAACAGAUGGCGGAGCUUCAGAGUGAUAAUCAGUACCGGAGAGAGACGCAGGAGGAUCUGUCUCACUGUCUGUACUCUCAGCUGCCCGAGACGAUGCACACACAGUUCGUGAAGGAGCUGACGCCGCUCAUCAGUGAGAAUAAAUAUAAGGAGGAUGGAAAGAAGGAGCUGCAGAAGUGCCUGUACGCCCAUCUGCCCGAAACCAGCGAAACACAGCACGCCCGAGAGCUAACACAACUCUACAGUCAGAAGAGCUAUAGAGACUCUCCAGACGCUCAGGUGUGUCUGUACGCUCAGAUGCCGCAGACCAUCGAGACGGUGUUCGCUAAAGAAGUGUCCAAACAGCAGAGUGACAAACUCUACAAAGAGAAGUUUAACUCGGAGAAAGGCAAAUCUAACUACUCUCAGAUGAAGGAUCUGCCCGACGUCACACACGCCAUACAGGUCAACAAACACCAGAGCGACGUGGCGUAUCGACGCGGGAAAGACGAGCUUCAUAAAUACAGCAAGGUGACGGACAGACCCGACAUCCGGAGCGCCACACACGCCAGCAAACUCGCCAGUGACGUGGCCUACAGGAGUAAAGCAGACGUGUUUGACCAGCGAGCGCUGCUGGAGCGACCCAACAUACAACACGCCAAAGAGGCCGCGCGACUGGCCAGCCAGGUCAACUACAAGCAGAAGUUUGAGAAGGAUCUGAAAGGACAGAAGCCGCAGUACAACCCCAGCGAGUGUGUGAGCUUCAGACAGACACAGGCCGCGUCGGCUCUGGCCAGUCAGGUGAAGUACAGUCAGAAGAAGCCGCAGGCCGUCACCGAUUUACCCAACCUGCUUCAUCUGGGUCACGUGCUCCACGCCAGCAAACUACAGAGCAACGUGGAGUACAGGAAGAAGUAUGAGGAGGCUAAGGGACGGUACCACCUCGCUCUGGACACGGCUGAACAGCGCCACCAUAAGGAGAACGCCGUGCUGCACAGUCAGGUCAAAUAUAAAGAGGAAUAUGAGAAGAACCGAGGGAAGACGCAGAUGGAGUUUGUGGACACGCAGAUGUAUAAAAUGUCGAAGGAAGCACAGAAGAUGCAGAGCGAGAAGGAGUAUCGUAAGGAGUACGAGAGCCAGAUGAAGGGGAAGGUUCUGCUGGAGGUGGAUCUGACGCCGGCGUAUCUGACGGCCCGUAACGCCAGCAGCCUCAUCAGUGAGAAGGAGUAUCGUAAGGAUCUGGAACAGGAAGUGAAAGGGAAAGGCCUGACGGGUCUGGAGGAAACACCGGAUCUGCUGCGAGUGAAAAACGCUGGACACAUUCUGAGUGAGAAGGAGUAUCGUAAGGAUCUGGAGCAGGAAGUGAAAGGGAAAGGCCUGACGAGUUUGGAGGAAACACCAGAUCUGCUGCGGGUGAAAAAUGCUGGACACAUUCUGAGUGAGAAGGAGUAUCGUAAGGAUCUGGAGUGUGAGAUCAGAGGGAAGGGAACUGAUGUCACAGCAGACAGUCUGGACAUGCAGAGAGCGAAGAAAGCGUCUGAGAUCAGCAGUGAUGUGUCGUACAGACAGGCGUCUCAGAACAGAGAAUCAUCAUACGGUACAGUGACGGACACACCUGCGCUGCUGCACGCCGCCUACCUGAAAGACGUCUACAGUCAGAAGAAGUACCGCGGUGAUGUGGAGCAUCUGAAGGGCUCGUGUUCUGCUGCAUCAGACACACCAGAGAUCCAGAGAGUGAAGAACAACCAGCGCAACAUCAGCGCACUCUUCUACACGUGGGACUCACGGCUGAUGAAGGGUCUGACGUCAGCGGUCGUCGACACUCCAGAGAUCAGACUGGCCCGAGAAAACGCCAAGAACAUCAGUGACGUUCAGUACAGGGAGUCGGUGGGAACCGGAACAGCCGUGACCGACACUCCUGAGAUGGAGCGCGUGCGCAGGAACCAGAACAACAUCAGCGACGUCAAAUAUAAGAAAGCGGUUGAUCCGGUCAGUGUGGGAGUGACACCAGAGCUGGAGCGAAUCAGACAGAACCAGCAGAACAUCAGCACGGUGCAGUACCAGCGCGGUUUGCAGGAGGUCAAAGGUCACUCCUGCUCAGAGUUGGAUACGCCUGAAAUGAGGCGUGUGCGGAAAUCUCAGGAGUCUGUUUCCAUGGCUAAGUAUCAUGAGGAGUUCGAGCGCUCGCGGGGUCGAGGCGCCACACACACCCUCGAUGAGCAGCACAUGGCACGUCUCCAUGGAGACCAGCUGAUGGGCGCUGGUGACGGUUACCAUGGCAUCCAGCCGCAGGUGGUCGAGAUGGACCGCAGAUCAGCCGGAGCCGCUGAGCUGAAGGUGUGGAGGACUGAUCCGGGAUCCAUCUUUGAUUUUGAUCCAGUGGAGGACAAUAUUCAGUCUAAAAGCCUGCGCAGGAUGACGGAGCGUGUCAGCAGUGUCCCCCAGCAGCCGUCUGCGCAGUCAUUGGCGUCUGCGGCGCAGUCGGUGUGCAGUUCUGUGGGCUCAGAGCUCUGGGCCGAUCGCAGCACGUCCGUCUGCAGCAGCGCGUCUGCCCUGCAGGACCGAUCCAGUUCAGGUGUGUACCAGCAUCACUCCCAUCAUCCUCAGCAGUACCAGCAGGGUUACGCACACAUGCAGGCCGUCCGCAGCGUUCAGUCUCCUCCACACUCAGCCUCCAUGCAGAGGGUGUAUCGGGCGCUGUACGAUUACGCCGCUCAGGAUCACGACGAGGUGUCCUUCCGUGACGGCGACGUGAUCGUUAACGCGCAGCCCAUCGAUGAGGGAUGGAUGUUCGGCACCGUCCAGCGGACCGGAAAGUCCGGCAUGCUUCCCGCAAACUACGUGGAGUGUUUGAACUGAGAUGAGCCGCACGCCAUUCAUCAUCCACACACUAAACACACCAUAUUCACCUCCAGCGUCUGUCUGAUUACGGCCGAGUCUGAAGAGCGAGUGACAUGUUGACAGGUUUUGGCAGGAGGAAGUGAUGUCAUCUGAGAUCAGACGCCAAAACCUGAUCAAAACUGAUUAUUAUAUUCAUACGGAAGCCACAGAAUAAAUAUAUACUAACCCUAAUUCUGACUUUUUUUCUCGCAACUGAAAGUUUAUAUCUCAGAAUCGCAGUUUUAUCGACUUUUUCUCAGAAUUGUGAGAUGUAAACUUGCAAUUCUCAAAAAAAAAGUCAGAAUAUCUCACUUCUGAGUUGCAAUUCUGACUUUUUGUUUAAAAAAGUGUGAGAAAAAAAGUCAAAGCUGCCUUGAUUAUUUUUAAUUCCGUGGCAGAAACAAGCUUCCAUGUAUAUUUUGGGCAUAAACAUGAAAAUCUGAUAAUGAAUGGAGGUUUUUAAUAAUCAGUUAUUUCAUUGAUAGUUAAAUGAGGUUAGUUUCAUCAUCUUUCUUUAACUUUAAUUUUUAAUUGUUGCCAACGAAGCGGUUCUUGUCCAGUCAUUCACACUAGUUUUGGUGACUGUAAGACGAGGCCUGACUGAGAUUGAUGUUCAUCAGCGUUUAUUAUGCCAUCACACAUUACUAGGAGACUUCAGUCCCACCGACUAGUUCUCAAAUAAACUAGUAGGGAUGUUAAUUCAGGAUGUGAACGGAGGGUUCGUUUACUAACCACUAACAGUUUAGUUUCUGGAGGUUGAACCGAUUCGUGGUGUUUGAUGAGAAGAACAUACGACUGUUUGUCCGCAGCUCAGAUCUGCACAAAAGCCAUUUGACGUAGAAAACAAUCAUCUACUGUAUGUAGAAACUGCUCUUUUUCUAAGGUUUAAUGAUUUUCAUAAUAGUUAAUGCAGCCAGCACUAGUGAUUCACCGCAGUGAUUCCCAGUUCUGUUCAUCACAUGUGCUGUUAGCUUUAACUAGUCACUAGUUUGGUUUAUUUACUCUAGUAACAUGUUGAUCUGUCAGCAAACAGAUGUUUGAUCAGCGUGAACAGAGUCUGAUGUGAUCAAGACAAAGAGUCUCAGUGUUUAUGACAGAAGAUUCAUUCAUUCAUUCUGUUGUUCAUCUGAUUCAGUUCAGAUCACUGUAAACCCACUGCAUGUGCAGAACUGUACAUAUGACGGUUUUCAUUUCUUCUGAUUGCACUGAUUCCUAUAAUCUGAAUCAGUGUUUCACUGCAGAAUGACUCUAAAUCAGUUCAGAUAUUAAGAUGAGUGAAGUUCGUAAUAAAUGCAUGAAUUAUAAGCUAGAUAUGUGCAGGUUGUGAGUGUGACUGUAUGUGUCCGGAGGAUGAUGGGAUUGAAGGUUGACAUGUUUGAAGUGUUUUAUUUACUUUAUUAUAAAUCCUCUCAUUUAUCGACACUUUGAUCUAUUUACCCGCGUCACUGUCUUUGUUAACAUUAUUUAACUUGUAGUGUUUCACAGUUAUUGAAAUGAUAAUGAAUAAAACGCUUUGUUCA